CAGCACAGUCGCUUAGAAUGUCGCAACGAAGCGACGUUCAUUUUUAAAAUAGUUUUAAUAAAUAAAACUUUCUUUAUUCUAUUCUCUAUCACAGUGUAUUUUUUUAAAUAAAUAAAAUGGUGAAAUUACAAUGGAUUGCAUUUCUAAUUGGAAUGGUGUCCGUUUUGGAUGGACAGACCUUGGGCGGUCCGAUGCAUGGUAAAGUGGUGGUCUGCUACAUUGGCACGUGGGCUACAUACCGGCCGGGCGACGGCCAGUUUGACCUGGAACAUCUGGAGCCCUCCCUCUGCACACACAUUGUCUACUCCUUCGCAGGACUCGAUGAGACGACAAUGGGAAUUAAAAGUUUAGAUUCUUGGCACGACUUGGAAAAAAACAAUGGCAGUUCAGGUUACCGAGGUCUCGUAGCGCUGAAGCGGCGCUACCCACAUCUGAAGGUGACCAUCGCUAUCGGCGGCUGGAAUGAGGGUUCUAGAAAGUUCUCCGCUAUGGCAGAAACAGCAGAGAGCAGAACCAAGUUUAUUAAGAGUGUACUAGUAUUUCUUGAUGUAUACAAAUUCGACGGACUCGACUUGGACUGGGAGUACCCGGCGAAGAGAGACGGCAGACCCAUUGAUAGAGCUAACUUCGUGUUACUAGUAAAGGAAUUAAAAGAAGCCUUCGAGCCUAAAAACUAUCUACUGACAGCGGCGCUCGGUGCGGGUAAAGAGACGAUGGACGCAGCAUACGAUAUGCAUAAGCUGAGCCGAUAUCUCGACUUCAUUCAUAUGAUGUGUUACGACUACCACGGUACAUGGGACGGUGUUGUUGGAGCUAACGCGCCUCUGAGAGGCACUAGCGAUGAUGAUGUACUUAGUGUGGAAUACACCAUAAAAUACUUGUUAGAGAAUGGCGUCAGUCCUUACAAAAUGGUCCUCGGGGUGCCAUUGUAUGGCCGCACCUUUAUCCUGAAUGACGACGCUCAAGAUAUAGAAUUCGGAAGAACAACUGUUCAACAAACUGGUUUUAAAGGACCGUAUACUAGAGAAGCUGGUUUUAUGGGAUACAACGAGAUCUGUAUGGAAAUAACUAACAAAUCAUCAAAAUGGACUCACCAUUGGCACGAUCAAUCCGCUACCCCGUACUUACGUGACGGCAAACGAAUCAUUACGUAUGACAAUACUAGAUCCAUUGCUAUUAAAGUCAAAACUGCCAUGGAGUACAACCUAGGCGGUAUAAUGGUGUGGAGUAUCGAUACUGAUGACUUCAGAGGUCUGUGCGAGAAGGACAGAGAAGCUGAAACGUAUCAUGAAUUCGUACAAUCUUACAACCGGAUAGUCGACGACCCGAUAUUAAAGAAAGCUUUAAAGUCCCUCAAUUUGCCGGAUGCUGGCCGCAUAGAAAAUUUGGUUCGUCAAAGAGCAUACGUUGUAGCGAACAAUAAACUCCAGCUACGUCUCCCAGCGCCGCAGUACUCUAACUACGCGCUAAUGCACGCUAUCAAUGAUGCCACUACUUUAGCUCUAGAAGAGAAGAGAAUAUUAGACGAAAUGAACAGAGUUAUGAAGCAGAACGAAAUACCCGAUGAACCGGAUUCCGCUAGUUAUCUAAGUAUAAGUCUAUUUACUGUGAUUUGUUAUUGCAUUACAUUUUUGUUAAGGUUAUAAUCAAAAUCUGAUACUAUAUUUUUCUGUAUAAAGUGUUACUAAAUGCAGCUGAAGAGUUGCGUUGAUAUUUAAAUUCUAAAUAAGGUAAUGCUUAAAAUUAGAUUACAAACGCUCUAUUUUAUCUGCACAGUCCGAUAUUCGGAUAAAUCUAACAUAACUGUAAACUGUUCAGUAGUUUUACCAACACGUUAUUUAUCUGAACGAUCUGAUUGUACAGAUAAAACUGAACGUAAGUACGAGUAGCAGACUGUACUUCGAAUGGCUUGCUUACAAGUAUAAGAUACAUCAUAUUAUUCACAUUUAUAAGGUUUAAAAUGUUUUCAUAGAUCAAAAUUACAUCCAAUAAUAUAUCAUUUAUUUCUUUUAAUUCAAAUCAAUAAAGAGAUGUAAACUCUUUAGAAUUAAUUACGAAAAUAUAAUACAAUAUUUUAAAAAUGGAAUAAUGUAUAACCUCUGUUUUGUUUUAGAAUCCAUAGGCAUUAUUCGUUUAGCCGAGUUGCGGUUAACGGCAGCUAAAAAAAAGAAUAAAAAAACAAAUUUCAUUCGCACUACAACGCGGCAGAUAAACCAUUCUCGUCGCUUGUAGAGUAAAGACAUACAGACGAAUUGAGUACCUCCUUCUUUUGGGAAGUCGGUCAAAAAUACAAAAAUGCAUCUAAGUUGCUAGCGUAUGUGUUUGUGUGUGAAUUUAAUAAUGUCAAUUCCGUAAUGGGAUUUAAUUGUGAAGACAGCGUGAACUACUUUAUAGAACUUAGUAAUCAUGCCAAUAAAAUCUAAGCAAAUCUAUUAUGUUUUGUAAGUACUGAAGGUGUUUUAGCAAAUGUAAGAGUACAAUAGAAAACAUAAAAUAUAAUAAAUAGAAUACUCAGAUUUGUGAUAAAUUUUAAUAAAUUA